AUGGUGCUGUGGGAGUCCCCGCGGCAGUGCAGCAGCUGGACACUUUGCGAGGGCUUUUGCUGGCUGCUGCUGCUGCCUGUAAUGCUACUUAUCGUAGCCCGCCCGGUGAAGCUCGCAGCUUUCCCUACCUCCUUAAGUGACUGCCAAACGCCCACCGGCUGGAACUGCUCUGGUUAUGAUGACAGAGAAAAUGAUCUCUUCCUCUGUGACACCAACACCUGUAAAUUUGAUGGGGAAUGUUUAAGAAUUGGAGACACUGUGACUUGCGUCUGUCAGUUCAAGUGCAACAGUGACUAUGUGCCUGUGUGUGGCUCCAAUGGGGAGAGUUACCAGAAUGAGUGUUACCUGCGGCAGGCUGCGUGCAAACAGCAGAGUGAGAUACUGGUGGUGUCUGAAGGAUCAUGUGCCACAGAUGCAGGAUCAGGAUCUGGAGAUGGAGUCCAUGAAGGCUCAGGAGAAACCAGUCAAAAGGAGACAUCCACCUGUGAUAUUUGCCAGUUUGGUGCAGAAUGUGAUGAAGAUGCCGAGGAUGUCUGGUGUGUGUGCAACAUUGACUGUUCUCAAACCAACUUCAAUCCCCUCUGUGCUUCUGAUGGGAAAUCUUAUGAUAAUGCAUGUCAAAUCAAAGAAGCAUCAUGUCAGAAACAGGAGAAAAUUGAAGUCAUGUCGUUGGGUCGAUGUCAAGAUAACACAACUACAGCUACUAAAUCUGAAGAUGGGCAUUAUGCAAGAACAGAUUAUACAGAGAAUGCUAACAAAUUAGAAGAAAGUGCCAGAGAACACCACAUACCUUGCCCAGAACAUUACAAUGGCUUCUGCAUGCACGGGAAGUGCGAACAUUCUAUCAAUAUGCAGGAGCCAUCUUGCAGGUGUGAUGCUGGUUAUACUGGACAACACUGUGAAAAAAAGGACUACAGUGUACUAUACGUUGUUCCCGGCCCUGUCCGAUUUCAGUACGUCUUAAUCGCAGCUGUGAUUGGAACAAUUCAGAUUGCCGUCAUCUGUGUGGUGGUCCUCUGCAUCACAAGGAAAUGCCCCAGAAGCAACAGAAUUCACAGACAGAAGCAAAAUACAGGGCACUACAGUUCAGACAACACAACAAGAGCGUCCACGAGGUUAAUUUAA